UCUCAUUGACUAACUCCCGCUAAGGUACCGCCCAUCCAGGCGGGGUCUGUGAGCGCCAAGAGGAAAUCAUGUCCAGUCUCUGGCAGAGUCUAUUGGUUGGAAGGCCGUGGGAAGCUGCCAUAAGUAACCAAUUGAAACACACAACCGGCUCGUGAGGGCGGGUGGAGUAUCGCAAGCUUCCUAAAGAGCCAAUAGAAAAGAGGGACGUCAAAGAGCUUCCUGAGUUCGGGAGUCUGUGGAAGAUGGCGGCUGCCAAAGGCAGUUGGUGUGUGUAUGAGUUGCUGAGGUUUUUUUAUUCAUUAUUUUUUCCUGGGCUAAUUGUGUGUGGAAUUUUAUGUGUAUUUUUGGUUAUUGUGCUUUGGGGAAUCAGACUGCUGCUACAGAGAAAGAAAAGAUCAAUGUCAGCCAGCAAAAAUGGGAAAAACCAAAUGGUGAUUGCAUUUUUUCAUCCAUACUGCAAUGCUGGUGGAGGAGGAGAAAGAGUUUUAUGGUGUGCCUUGAGGACCCUGCAGAAAAAGUAUCCUGAAGCAGUUUAUGUUGUUUAUACUGGUGAUGUUAAUGUCAGCGGUCAACAGAUACUAGAAGGUGCUUUCAGAAAAUUUAACAUCAGAUUAAUCCACCGAGUGCAGUUUGUUUUCUUAAGGAAACGCUACCUUGUGGAAGAUUCACGCUAUCCUUGCUUCACACUGCUAGGCCAAAGCCUGGGAUCCAUUUUCCUUGGUUGGGAAGCGCUGCUGCAGUGUGUUCCUGAUAUUUACAUUGAUUCAAUGGGAUAUGCUUUCACACUCCCUCUGUUUAAGUACCUAGGGGGUUGCCGAGUUGGAAGCUAUGUUCAUUAUCCCACUAUCAGCACUGACAUGCUCUCUGUAGUGAAGAAUCAAGAUGCUAGAUUUAAUAAUGCAGCCUUCAUUAGCAGGAAUCCUUUUUUCAGCAAAGUAAAACUCAUCUACUACUAUUUAUUUGCUUCUAUUUAUGGACUUGUUGGUUCGUGCAGUGAUGUCGUCAUGGUCAAUUCUUCUUGGACCUUAAACCAUAUUCUCUCACUGUGGAAGGUUGGGAAUUGCACAAACAUUGUGUAUCCGCCUUGUGAUGUGCAGACAUUUCUGGACAUUCCUUUACAUGAGAAAAAGACAAUCCCGGGACAUUUAUUCAUUUCCAUUGGCCAGUUCAGGCCUGAAAAGAAUCAUCCUUUGCAGAUCAGAGCCUUUGCUAAAUUGCUGAGUAAGAAGGUGGCUGAGUCGCCUGCAUUACUUAAACUUGUCCUCAUUGGAGGUUGUCGUAACAAAGAUGAUGAACUUAGAGUGAACCAACUGAGAAGAUUGUGUGAGGACUUAAAAGUUCAAGAAGAUGUGGAAUUUAAAAUAAACAUUCCAUUUGAUGAGUUAAAGAAGUACUUGUCUGAAGCAACAGUUGGCCUGCAUACCAUGUGGAAUGAGCACUUUGGAAUCGGAGUGGUGGAGUGUAUGGCAGCUGGCAUGGUUAUCCUUGCACACAAUUCAGGGGGCCCGAAGCUUGACAUUGUCGUUCCUCAUGAAGGAGAGAUAACUGGUUUUCUGGCUGAGAGUGAAGAAGACUAUGCUGAGACCAUGGCCUAUAUUCUUUCCUUGUCAGCAGAGAAGAGACUGGAAAUCAGAAAAAAUGCUCGUGCAUCUGUAAGGAGAUUUUCUGAUCAGGAGUUUGAAGUGUCAUUCCUGUCAUCUGUGGAGAAGUUAUUUGAGUAAUGCCAUAUCUGUGUGGAUGAUCUUAUAUAAAAUCGGCAGAGCUAAUGGUGUUGCUCCAUGGUAGAACAUGUGAUUGGCAUGUGCAGGGCCCAGUGUUCAGUCCCCAGCACCAAAAAAUAAUAAAAUGACUAAAUGCCUUCUAAUGUAAAUAUUUUUCUAAACUCAUUCCCUAUUAUAAUAAAGUCAGAUUGAGCAGUGUUCUCAGAAGACCUAUAUAGACAGGGUAUUCAUUUCAGUGGAAAAAGUCAAAAUUACCUAAAUGGAAAGGAUAAUCUUACAUAUCUUAUAUAAAAAUUUUAUUUUAGUAUUUGGUUUCAAAUACUGAAAAAUACAGCUUUUUUUUCUGCAACGGGUUUGCUAUGAGAGCACAAGUGUGAAAACCACUGCUAAAUCAAAACCAACACAGGAAAGGAAAAGAUUCAUAUCAAUAUCAUCAUCAUCAGACAUGUGGAUUCGGCCAAGUCCAUUGCUACCGGCCAUCUGAUAUACAAAUGUGGUGGCAUCAACAAAAGAACCAUUGAAAAAUUUGAGAAGGAGGCUGUUGGGAUGGAAAAGGAUUUCAAGUAUGCCUGAGUCUUGGAUAAACAAAGCUGAGCUUGAGCAUGGUAUCACCAUUGAGAUCUCCCUGUGGAAAUUUGAGAGCAACAAGGAUGUGACUAUCAUUGAUGCCCCAGGACACGGAUUUUAUCAAAAGCAUGAUUAAAGGCACAUCUCAGGCUGCUGGUGUUGGUGCAUUUGAAGCUGGUGUCUUCCGUGAGCAUGCCCUUCUGGCUUUCAUGCUGGGUGUGAAACAACUAAUUGUUGGUUUUAACAAAAUGGAUUCCACUAAGCCACCCUACAGCCAGAAGAGAUACAAGGAAAUUGUCAAGGAAGUCAGCACUUACAUUAAGAAAAUUGGCUACAACCCUGACACAGUAGCUUUUGUGCCACUUUCUGGUUGGAAUGGUGACAGCGUACUGGAGCCAAGUGCUAACAUCCCUUGGUUCAAAGAGUGGAAGUUUACACAUGAAGAUAGCAAUGCCAGUGGGACCCCACUGCUUUAAGCUUUAGAUUGCAUCCUACCACCCACUCAACCAACCAACAAGCCUUUGUGGCUGCCUCUCUAGGAUGUCUACAAAAUUUGUGGUUAUUGGUACCAUCCCUGUGAGCCAAGUGGAGACUGGUCUCAAAUCUAACAUGGUGGUCACCUUUACAUCAGUCCAUGCCACAACUGAAGUAGUCUGUUGAAAUGCACCAUGAAGCUUUGAGUGAAGCGCUUCUUGGGGACACUGUGGGCUUCAACAUCAAGAAUGUGUCUGUCAAAGAUUUUGUCAUAGCAACGUUGCUGGUGACGGCAAAAAUGACCCACCAAUGGAAGCAGCUGGUUUUACUGCUCAGGUGAUUAUUCUGAACCAUCCAGGCCAGAUCAGGGCUGGCUGUGCCCCUGCACUGGAUUGCCACACAGCUCACACUGCAAGUUUGCUGAGAUAAAAGAAAAGAUUGAUCACUGGUCUGGUAGGAAGCUGGAAGAUGGCCCCAAAUUCUUGAAAUCUGGUGAUGCUGCCAUUGUUGACAUGGUUCAAGGCAAGCCCAGGCAAGAGCUUCUCUUCACUCUCCAGCUCUGGGUCGUUUUGCUGUUCAUGAUAUGAAACAGAUAGUUGAUGUGGGUGUCAUCAAAGCAGUGGACAAGAAGGCUGCUGGAUCUAGCAAGGUCACCAAGUCUGCCCAGAAAGCUCAGAAGGCUAAAUGAAUAUUAUCCCU